CUCUCGAUUAGCCCCAGACUACGUAGAUCGAAGCGAUAUCACUCCCUGAAGCAUCAAUCGUCGUUAUCUCAAUGAUAUUGGUGAUUUGCACUUGAUUUUGCUCCGGGGUUUACAAUCCUCGCUCCAGUCAAUAUCGCGAGUUGAGAGUUUUGUCUUUCUGGGCUUAUUUUUUCUGAUGAAGAUGUGAUGCUUUCAGAGUUUUUGUCAAAGCCACUUAUGUGAACAUUUUCUUGGCAGGCUUCCAUGGCAUCUCAACAAGAGUUUGGCUUGGACUUCUGAUGAUUGUCUUGCAGCGGGUAUAAGCAUCUGUCUUGCAGCGGGUAUAAGCAUCUCUUUAAUAUUUUUGCUGAAAGUAAGUGUGAUGAUGGAUGACAAUCAGAGGGAAAAUGGGAGGCACAAGGCAGAUCAUUACAAAUCAAUUCACACUCAGUGGAUGAUGCCGCAACAUCAAAUGAAGGACAGCCAGGCCAUAAAACUCAUGACCGUAAUGGCUGAACGUGAUAAUGCCAUCCAAGAACGCAACAUAGCCCUCUCUGAAAAGAAGGCGGCCCAGGCCGAGCGUGACAUGGCCAUCCUCCAAAGAGACGCUGCAAUUGCCGAGCGCAAUGCUGCCAUCAUGGAACGUGAUAACGCCAUUGCAGCUCUCGAGUACGCGCGAGAGAACGGCAUGAAUGCAAACAGUAGUAUCUCCGGUUGCCCUUCUGGAUGCUCUGCUUCCCGUGGAAUGAAGCACACUCACCACCACCACCAUAACCAUCAGCAGCAGCAAAGCCUUCAUGUCCACCCUGGACCAUCACCACCACAGCUAGCCAACGAUCCCUAUAAUCACUCGAGAGAGAUGCAUGUAACUGAGGCAUAUCCCAUUUCGACUGCUUCAGAAGGAGCUGUGAUGGUCCGAAAGGUGAAACGACCAAGAAAGGAUACUAGAGCUCAAGUUCAACCCCAGGCCAGUGCUCUACCCAGGAAGACAAAGUCAAGAAAGGGUAAGAGGAGUUUUGGAGGUGAGGAUUUAAACAAGCAAGCAACAUAUGUGAAGCCACUUGAUGAGUGGAGAAACGAGAUGGGAGGUAGUGGAGAGAACUUAAACAACAAGCAAGGUACCAAGCACCAUAAUGAGUGGAAAGAUCAAGAUUUGGGUUUAAACCAAGUUACGUUUGAUGAGUCAACGAUGCCUGUGCCUGUGUGCUCGUGCACGGGUAAGUACCAGCCAUGUUACAAGUGGGGAAAUGGUGGGUGGCAAUCGGCAUGUUGCACGACGACACUGUCAAUGUACCCUCUGCCGGUGAUGCCAAAUAAAAGGCAUGCUCGUGUGGGAGGGAGGAAGAUGAGUGGGACUGUCUUUACGAAGUUAUUGAGUCGGUUGGCAGCUGAAGGGCAUGAUCUUUCGGUGCCGGUUGAUCUCAAGGAUCACUGGGCUAAGCAUGGGACGAACCGGUACAUAACUAUCAAAUGACAGCAAAGGCAAGGAGGGAAUGCUGCUGCUUUUUCUUUAUGAGUUGCUUGGUGGGCGAUUUUCUUCUUCUUGUUUAUGGUGAGGGGGUAGUGUUCCUAUGUAAGUGGCAGGUGAGGGUCUAUGGAUGUAGAGAGACCUCUUGUACUUACACUAACCUGAAUUGGUUUGGGAAUGAAUGUUGAUUCCUGAAGAAAUGGAAAAUAUGAUGUAUCAAGUUAUGUAAAUAUUUGUUGUAGCCA